UGCAGUCCAUCGCCACAGGACAGACAGCCUCCACUUUCCUCUUCACUCCAUCCGAUCUUGUGAAGGAAACACUCAAUGGCACAGUGCGAAUCAGAUAAUGCUGAGUCCCCUGCUCAAAAUCCACAUCGACUAUACCAACACCAAGCUUUGUCCACUUGGACAGCUUAACGAUUUCCGCUGCUUCGCUGGUAUUACACGCCAAGGCAAACGUGGGUGGACCGGUGAGGUCGCCGAUGACAUACUCACUGGCAGCGCUUGAUGACACCACAGUUGCGAUGGAGUUGAUAAGGUCAUCAUCAAGAGCCAUGGGCUCCCCAUCUGCCAUGAGCUGCAGCCGGUGGGAACGUUGACACUGAAUCAUAACUGAAGCACGCAGAAAUACAAUGAGGCAGAUAUACAAUGACAGAGACAUGACACUUCUGCCUUGAUCACCUUCGUUCGUCUCGUUGCAGAAGUUGCCAAGGCGUCCAAACAAUGCAGCGGCGUUGUGGAUGAAAUUACCGUUUACAGUCCUCGUGUCAAUCUGUGAAUACAAGCGGAGCCCGAGCUCAUCAUCGUGCAACAGUGGAGCACCACCCUCGCGUCCAGGACGGAAUCGAUACUCCUGUAGACAGGCAAAUAUAUCAAAAAUAAAGAGCACGCGCAUCAGAGGCCAAUGCCUUGCAAUCAGUGCACGACGGCAUGCAUGAUGUACCGCAUCAAAAGCAGUGUCAGAAAGAUAAACCUCCAUCGCAGAGAAGUAAGCCUUGUACUCGUCCGACGAUCCCGGAGCAUAUACAACAUCCGUGGUCGAGAUGGUUGUUGAACUAUUUCUGUUGAAACACCGCUCAACCGAGGCACCUUCCUUCUCAGAAAGCCUCAGCAGAGUGUACUGAAUCUCCAUCAGUCUCACGCUCGAGGUGAGCAGAGCCUCGGGGAUGCCAAGCUGAAAGCCCUCUGCGUCGCCCAAAUCAAAAAGCUGUGUGUUGAUUUCAUCCCCAAACGACGGCCCGCCCUCUGAUGGCGAUACAAAGCUGUUCUGGAAGCCGACCGCAACCAGAAAAGCGCCUGCACCAAGACAUGGACAGCAACGAGGCACGCUCAGUCGUUCAUUGGCGUCAUACUGCAGCCCAAUGCUCAGUCACCUUCGACAAAGACAAUGCUGCCUGCAAAUAUGUUCAACAAAGACAAUAUGAGCCAAUGGAAUUACGCAUUUCAUUCACUUAUGUACCUGCACAUUGAGGGGGUCCCACUUGGCGGACGGCUCCCUUGAUUACAACGUCUGCCAAUGUUGAAGGUUUCCAGAAGCCCUUUGUGAAAGUGUCAUUGAGUGCCGCCAAAUGAUACUCAACCUCCACAUGUACGCCAAUGCCCCUCUCCUGGUCGGGCUCGCAGCUGUAGACCUUCUCAUCCACAUGGUUCGUGCAGCUGGAGUGAUUAUAGGCGUUUUCGAUGCAUCCUUCGCUUGUACGGUCCUGGAAAAUCGAGAGACAUCCAGAAGAGUAACGAAGUGGACCAGGUAGGAAGUCGCCGUCUGUGAUGGUCCAUAAAUCUGUCAGGUUUCGGAAUGUGGCAUCAAAAAGCUGAUAAGUCCCCGGCUGCACUCCCGUUGAGGGGGCGACGGGCAGCCUUGGCCCCGGACACGCCGCGAAGCACUCAAAGCCAACCUUGCAGGUCUUGUUGAAGAUGAUAUCGUCGCUGGUCUGGUUGCCGUCGUCUUGCUUCUCGUAAACCAACACCGUCGUAUGGAUUUCUCUCUGCUCAGUCUGGAUAGCUUCCACACAGUUGUACUGAGAGAGAUUGCUGACGACUCCCUCAUCUUGCAGUGACGUAGUAGACCCGUUUCUCUCUUGUAUCAGCACAUCGACAAACACGUUGUCUGAGAGCGUUCCCACCUCAGAAUUGACCCCAACAGCAGCGAUCGAUCCAGCCUCGAUGCCGACAGGAAUCACAUCGGUCUCGCUGAAGCCAGCUGGGAGGGUCUCCAGCUCAAGGCCUCGGCACUCAACAUAAACUGAUCACGAUCAAUGAGAGAAUCCUGUCACAAUUGGAUGCGCCAAGAUGGAUGGUUUCUGUCUCACCGCCUGCAUCGUGGUGCAGCAAGUAGCCCAUUUCUGCCUUGAGGAUGAGAUCGAGAGAGCUGCCCGUCUCCAAGUUCUCCAACUUGAAAGUCAGCGGCAGAACCGUCACUUUUUCGGCACACAAGAUCUGGACCAAGCUGAGAGUGAGACCAACGGUUGGUCUCGCGUCGAACCAGGCUUUCCACAGGAAGAUCUUCGACUGCUCUCUAUCAGGGAUAGUGAUGUUGAAUUCGUCAGCAAUCUCAUCGGGAACGAACCGCCUCGUCACCGAAUAGCGUGCCACAGUGCGUGCGUUGAAGAGCGGGAAGGCAGGGCUUUGGUCCGGCUUGAAGAGCGGAAACCACAGUGAGGGCGCCUCGACGCCGACCAAAGCACGGGAGGGGUCCACACCAAUCGCCGCUUGCUCAGCUACAAGCCGCUCCUCCUCUGCGGGAAUGCGAUCCUCAUCAGCCGCCAGGCGACAGAUUCGAUUGAACCUCUCGGCAGACUCUCCAGAGCCGUCCUCGACCUCAAACAGCCUCUGCACACAGCAAACAAAAGUGGAAAGGCGAUUCGUUAAGGUGCUUUCUCUCGCUUCUGCUGAGGUACUUACUUUCAAGACCACAUUAUCGUCCUGAUCGUAGCUGAAUCCGGAUGCAGUGGCCGCGAUGACUCCGCCUGCCGCCACGUCGCCCGACGUGAUGGUGAAGAUGCGCUGCUUGAGCAAAGAAGGGCAGCCGGCGGGCACGGUGGUGGGGAAGGUGAGGAGGCCCAAGGGGGUGUUGGCGGCUGGACUGGUCAGAGCGAUGCCCCGUGUGGUGAUGAGCUCCGUCUCCUCUCCUUCGGCAAAUAAAGUGAUGCGCUGCUCUGCUGUGUAGUUGGCAAAGCGAGCUCGAGCUGAUAUCGCUUCAUCGACCAGUCCGGUGCUGCAUGCACAGCAGAGACACAGCCAAUCAUGUCCUUCUUGUUGCGUCUCCUUGUCUGUCAGACUCUGUCUCUCUCGCUCACCCUGUCAGCUCAAUUUGCGCCUCAAGGCCGACGCACUCGGCUUCGCUGGCGUCGACCACCUUCAACACACCUUGAAUGACAAGCUGAUCGACACACAGAGAAAUCAACCGUUGCCAGCCCAUCAACCACCAUCCCGGCAUGCCUCCCACUUACCAGUGCCGGCGAGAACUCGUUGCCCUCUCGCACCGAGCAGAGGCCAACGUCAGGGCAGUCGAACGACAGAGUGGCAGACACGCCCUCCGUGGUGUCGCAUGACAGGUCGAUGAAGAAGUCCUCAUUGGAGUCCUUCACCCUUCCCUGGAUGCGCAUGCAGCUGUCCGUGUCGCCCACAUUUUCAAUAGAGUCCACCCAGGCCUCCGACUUGAUGUCUUUCACUAGAUAAGUGCCCGGCACGAGCUGUGAGAAGUUCUUUGGGUCGUUGUUGUGGUCGCCAAUAGCGAGCGAUGCAGGGUCGACGCCGCUCGUCUCGGAGAUCUCCACGACCUCCAGCGCAUCGUAGCAGUCGAGGUUGGGCGCGAAGGGAUUGACUGCGUUGAUGCAUGGGUCAAGGGAAGGCGGGAAGCACAAAGACGAUGGCUGCCCUUGCAAGACGCCGCGGACCAGCGAUGGGGUGCCUGCAGGCUCACGACUGAGCUCACCGAACAGACCUGCACAGCAAAGACACCGUCACACACACUCAUUUGGGGCCACUGGGCAGGGCAUUGGGGCUCUUCUCGCCUGUCUGAUUGGCAAAAACAGAAGAAUUAAGGCAAAAGCAAAAUCGUUGGUCGCUCGAUCGUGCGCAUAAAGGCUUCUCGGGGGGGCACUCCGAAAGCGCCGCGGAGCCACUAUGGCCAUCCACAGCACCGCAGAGGAUGCUCUGUCCAUUCGAAGAGGCGCUCACGGGAGCACCGAGGGUUCUGUUCUGUGCAACUUGCAGCCGUCUCGUCAGGUUGGCC